AUGGAGCUUAUAAACAGUAGCUGGUUCCAGCCACCCACUCUUUUUUUAACAGGCAUUCCUGGACUGGAAGCUGUGCAAAUAUGGAUCUCUAUCCCACUGUGUAUCAUGUACCUAACUGCCCUCCUAGGAAACAGUACUAUCCUCUUCAUUAUCAAAACCACCUCCAGCCUUCACGAACCUCAGUACAUCUUCCUGUCUAUGCUGGCAGCCACAGAUGUGGGUCUGUCUUUAUCAACUCUGCCUACAGUACUCAGUGUCUUCCUCCUGAAUCACAGAGAGAUUGAGUUCCACUCCUGCCUAAUGCAGAUGUUUUUUAUCCACACCUUCUCCUCCAUGGAGUCAGCCAUCCUGCUGGCCAUGGCCUUUGAUAGAUUUGUAGCUAUUCGCAACCCACUGCACUACACAGUAGUCUUAACCCGUUCUUGGAUUACGGGGAUGGGGCUUGCAGCCAUGAUUAGGGGUGUGGUGUUGAUGGUACCUUUGCCAGUUCUGCUCAAGCGAUUGCCCUUCUGCAAGGAUGUCAUUCUAUCACAUUGUUAUUGCUACCACCCUGAUGUUAUGAAGCUGGCUUGUGGCCCUAUCACAGUCAACAUCAUUUAUGGGUUGUCCCUUGUCCUGUGCUCCUUUGGAGUUGACUCUAUGUUCAUUGUCAUUUCAUACAGCCUAAUUUUGAAAACAGUGCUGGAUAUUGCCUCCAAAGAUGGUCAGCUCAAGGCACUUAAUACUUGUGUUUCCCACAUUUUCACUGUCUGCAUCUUUUAUGUGCCACUCAUUGUGUUGGCUGUAAUUCAUAGGUUUGGUACAUUCACAUCUCCUCUUCUUCAUGUCACCAUGGCCAACCUCUUCCUCUUCUUGACUCCUGUUCUCAACCCCUUGGUUUAUAGUCUAAAAACAAAACAGAUAAGAUUCACAGUGCACAAGAUAUUCAAGUGCAGGAAAAACUUGCUCACGUAA